AAAAAAGAAGAAAAUAGUGGGGUACUUAUAAUUUCCUUUCCAUCCCUACCCAAAAUUAAUUUCAAUUGGGUUGUGCAUGUGGAUGAAUUCUAAUUACCAUUACCCAUGGGCAAGAAAACGAGCUUUGGCCUAUGGAGUAGAUUUGUUCCUAGGGGAGCCCAUAAAGGGUACGGGUAUUUUCCAAGGUAUAACAGUAUGUCAUCAUCAGAUCUCACCUUGGUCAAGGGCUUCUUGUUGCCCUUAAUGGAGAUUUGAUGUAAUAGUGGGAGUGCAGUAGUUCUCAUCCUGGGUGCAAUUAAGGUGGAUUGAUGGAAGUUGGAGAUGGAGUUGCACAUUGGUGAAUGGUCACAAUUUAGUGUUCUUUUAAGUUUUAAACUUUUAGUUAUUUACAAUAGGUGAAAAGUUACAAACCUCAUGUGAGGGGUGAAAGGAUGGAAUGUAGGACAGCCAGACGCUAUAAUGUACCGCAUCUAUCCCAUGGUAUUGGUAGUGCUGGUGGCAAAUGUGAAAGAAUAUCAGUUUUUUCUAUUUCAUAUGGGAUACCUGGCCUGGGCUGUUUAGUCUUUGUUCGAGAGAGGGGUAGUUGUGAAUCCUUCAAAGUAGCUGCUAUGGAACAAUUCACUUUGAGGAAUGAAAUGCUGUAUAGUUUUUGGCCUCAAUGCAAAUUACUGUGAGUUUGUUGCCAAUAAUGGUAUCGUUACAUUUCCUUUGGCUUAGCAGUUUAUGAACAGACUUCAAUUUGAAUGAGGCUGCAGUUGUUUCCCAAUUGUCAUGGCCUGAUAAUACCAAUAUUUAUCUGCACACUCCCUCAAAUGAGGGAGGGAACCAACCACAAUUUCCUAGUAGUUGCUUUAUUACCUCAGGUCACAUCUGAUAUGAUUCAACAUGCUGGCGCUGUGGAUUGUCCCUAUGGACAUGAGAACCCUAUCUCGAUUUGUUGGGAAGAUGUUUCAUCUAAAACACAACUGGGGGAGGAAUGUUUAUGUCCAGUUUUCAUCACAUCAAGAGCUAACUACAGCAGAUCAGAAUGCUCAAGGACGAGGAGAUGAGCCAAAUCGAAUACUCUUAGUCACAAUCCAUCACAUGCUAUAUCCCAUUACUGUGGAAGUGCUGCAUCAAGUAUUUUUCCCACAUGGAUUUGUGGAGAAGAUCGUGACGUUUCAGAAGUCAGCUGGUUUUCAGGCUCUCAUUCAGUAUCAAACUCGGCAAUGUGCUGUUUCUGCUAGGACUGCACUACAGGGACGUAAUAUAUAUGAUGGUUGCUGUCAGCUAGACAUUCAGUUCUCCAAUCUUGACGAAUUACAGGUGAACUACAACAAUGAACGUUCAAGGGAUUUCACCAAUCCUAGCCUGCCUUCUGAACCAAAAGGCCGGUCUUCUCAACCUGGUUAUGGUGAUACGGGAGGAAUGUAUGCACUUCAAGCAUCUGGAGCGAGACCAGUUGGAUUCUCACAGAUGGCCAAUGCGGCCGCUGUUGCUGCUGCAUUUGGAGGAGGUUUGCCGCCUGGUGUUAGUGGAACAAACGACAGGUGUACAGUUCUUGUGUCCAAUCUGAAUCCUGAUAGAAUAGAUGAAGACAAGCUUUUUAACCUUUUCUCCAUUUACGGGAACAUUGUAAGAAUUAAGCUUCUCCGGAAUAAACCUGAUCAUGCACUUGUGCAGAUGGGAGAUGGGUUCCAGGCAGAAUUGGCUGUACACUUUUUGAAGGGAGCGAUGUUGUUUGGCAAGAGAUUGGAGGUCAACUUCUCAAAGCAUCCUAACAUUACACAAGGAGCUGAUACUCAUGAAUAUGCUAACUCGAACCUUAAUCGUUUUAACCGAAAUGCUGCAAAGAACUACCGCUACUGCUGCUCCCCGACAAAGAUGAUCCACAUAUCAUCUCUAUCUCAGGAAGUGACUGAAGAAGAGAUAGUGAGUCUCCUUGAGGAGCAUGGGCCGAUUGUCAACAGCAAGCUCUUUGAGAUGAACGGUAAGAAGCAGGCACUCAUCAUGUUUGACACUGAGGAGCAGGCGACUGAAGCUCUUGUUUGCAAGCAUGCUAGUUUGCUUAGUGGGUCGAUCAUUCGCAUUUCGUUUUCCCAGUUGCAGACUUUAUGAGUUUAACAACGGCAUUAAACAAGUAAGAAGUGAUGGAUUCUUAAUGCUUAAUUGGGGUUGAGGAUUCAUAAUUUACGAGGAUUUAAAAAAAAAUGGAGAUGAUGGCGCAUACUGUCUUAAUUCGUGUAACAGUUAAUUUGUCUUUGGAUUUUUUUCGUGGGAUUGUACUUCUUCUGCUUUGAUGUUGUCUCAAUUCUUCUCUUCUCAUCUCUUCUCUUCUCUUGUUGCUCUUAUGGAAAUCAUUCUUAAAACUUCUCGACGGAGUUAGAUUUUCAUUUUAUGUUGUCAGUUUUGAAGAAUAGGAAGAAAGAGGGAAAACUAACCUACCUUUUUUCAGUUGAGGAUCUCCUUGUUAGGUGCAGUGCUAUGUACAUGUCUUGUCUUGUAAUUUCUGGGAAAUCAGGCCAUUGGCUCUUGUAAUUUCAGUUCAUAGUACUCUUUUAUCUCUUCUACCUAAUUUAUUGAUGAACACUUUGUCCUUUGACAAUUUUUUUGUCCAA